GGAAAUAUUCCUGACUACAACGACCACGAACAACAAGGCAUAAUGAAGGUGGAAAUCUGCUCAUUCUCCGGUGCUAAAGUUUACCCUGGAGCUGGAAGACUCUUUGUUCGUGGAGACAACAAGGUUUUCCGCUUUGUAAACAAGAAGUCUGAGAGCCUCUUCCUCCAACGUAAGAACCCCCGUCGUUUGUCAUGGACUGUCCUUUACCGUCGUAUGCACAAGAAGGGUCUUUCUGAGGAAUCUACCAAGAAGCGCUCUCGCCGUACUGUCAAGCACCAACGUGGUGUUGUCGGUGCUUCCGUCGAUGUCAUCAAGGAAAAGCGUAACCAACGUCCUGAAGUCCGUGCUGCCGCUCGUGCUUCCGCUUUGAAGCAAGCCAAGGACAAGAAGGCUACUUCUAAGUCCGAGAAGAAGGCUGGCAAUGCCAAGUCUUCUGCCGGUGCUGCCCGUGGUCAAGCCAUCAAGAACGCCAAGGCUGCUGCUAGUCAGUAGAUUGUUUAAAAAUCAAUAAGCAUGAUUUCUUGGGUUAUGGA